GUUAGAAGUUUAGUUUAGUUUAGACCUCGGAGUUUGGUAAAUUCGUUCUCCGGGAUUAUUACUGUUUAAAGUUUAGUUCUUAUCGAUUGGUAUCGGUUUUUAGUGAAAAUAGAACUUAAAAGUACAAGCUUUCGAUAUUUCUUGUUAAUUUUACGCAUUCAACCUAAUCAAAGACAGUUUGUGAAUAUUUGAAUGAGAAUUCCUUGAAAAUCUUUGAGUCCAUACCACGCCAGCUUAUUCGUCUAAUGCAGUUAUAAAGACUUGAUUGUGUGUGUAGGUACCUACACUUUUCAUAGCAGCAGGGUUCUUUGAGAUUAACAAUUUUCCUAUGGAUAUUCGCGAAAAACAAUAGUAGUGUUGUUUGUUAUGAAUUUACUUAGUUUGUUUUAAAAAUUUGACCCAGGAAAUUUCCCGAAGAAGCUAUAUUUUCUUUCAGAAAAUGUGAACAUUGUUUAUUGAAGGAAAAUACCCCUACAAAAGAAGUUACUCAAUCCAAAUGGAACUUAUAUUUUUUAUACUACUGGUAAUUGGCCUGGCAGCAGGUCAAACACAACUUACUACUACUAGCUUCAGAGGAGAAAGUUCAGAAAACGCAGUGGACUUUGUUUCAUCGUCAAAGCCAAUAAGAACUAAAAGUCAGAAAAUUACAACUGAUAGUAACAAGAAACCCAUGUUUACCGACUGUGAUAGCUAUAAUAUGGCCCAGGUUAAGGAAGAACAAGAUAAAGGCACAUUUGUCAUCCAGGUGAACGCUAGAGAUGAUGAUCCCCCGAAUGCUGGUGGAACAGUUACCUACAAAAUAGUUAAACGUGAAGGUGGCAGUAAAGAUUACUUCACCAUUGACUCUACAACUGGGGAAGUACGAACUAGUACGCCUUUUGAUCGUGACGAACCUUUUAAUCAAAAGGAAAUGUAUGUUACUAUACAAGCAACUGAUAAUGGGAGACCUAAACUGUCAGAUAUUUGCACUUUUAAAGUAACGAUUACUGAUAUCAAUGAUAACUCUCCACAACUUGACCAACAAGAUUACAUCGCACAAGUAGCUGAGGAUUUGAAAGUUAAGAGUGAAGUUAUGAGGAUUUUUGCCUAUGAUAUAGAUGAUGGUAACAACUCCAAGCUCACCUAUGGAUUUAACGUCAGCAAUGACUUUUUAAACUUCUUUCGAAUUGAUCCUAAUACUGGAGUUGUUUACCUUCAACAGUCUCUGGCAGGGUACAAAAAUAGCCGAUUCACAAAUCAAGUAGUGGUAAAAGAUAAUGGAGCUCUACCCAAAUCAACAGAUGCUCCAAUUUCCAUUGUAGUUGUCGGCUCAGAUAAAAAAUCCCCGACAAUUGAAAAGCUCACCCCUGACGGAGUUUUGGAGCUGAAAGAAAACUUUAAUAACUAUUCAGAUCAUCUAGUGACAAUUGUUGCAAGGUCAAACAUAGCAGAUAACGAAAUAGCCUUCGAACUUAUUAAAGGUAAAACACCCCAGACUAACAAGGAGCAAACCUUUGCACUUACACCUAGUACUGAAAAUACUUAUAGUGCAUAUAUAACAUUGGCCAGGCCAUUAGAUUAUGAAACUGUUACUGAAUAUUCUUUAAGUGUCCGUAUUAAGAAUAAAGAUAUUAUGGACAUUUCCAUUGACAUUCCAGUGAAGGUACUUGAUGUUAAUGACGAAGUACCUACUUUCAUUGAAUACCUGAAAGGAAGUGUGGUUGAAAAUGAUGAUCCUGGUGCUCAAGCUAUGGUAGUCAGAGCAUUUGAUAAAGAUGGUACCUCUGAAAAUAAUGUAGUGAGUUACGAUCUUCAAACUCAUGCCGACGUAUUUUCCAUUGAUAGACAAUCUGGAGUAAUAAAAUCUUUGCAAGGAUUUGAUAGAGAACUCGUGAAAGUAUAUAACGUUAAAGUUCGUGCCUAUGACAAUUCACCUAGUGCCUUAUUGAAUAAUGGAAGACCUAAUGAGAUUGUUCAGAUUUUUCAAAUAAGUAUCGAAGAUCGAAAUGAUAAUGCUCCCAAAUUUACUCAAUCUGUCUAUAACUGUACUGAUAUUGUAGAAAAUUUUGAUAUUGGUAAAGACGUGGGAGAAGUUAAAGCGGUAGAUCAGGAUAGCGCUUCACAAAUUAUUUACAGUAUUGUCGAUGGCAAUAUAGGUGAAGCUUUUUAUAUUGAAAACACUACUGGUAGAAUCAAAGUAAAGAAUAAGUUGGAUUUUGAGACAAUUGAACAAUAUAAGCUUAGAGUUCGCGCCUUCGAUGGCAUCUUUGAAGACUUCGCCAUGGUGCAAAUCUUCAUAUCCAACGUAAACGAUGAAAGACCUGUAUUCGAAAAACACAAUAAAACAAUACACAUCGAAGAAGAAACCAUUCCAGACGGCUGUAUCAUCCAUGUGAAAGCUUACGAUCCAGACAUAAGAGAUAGGACGGCGGAUCAACACAUUGUUUAUACAGUAGAAAAUGAUUUUAUUAGAGUAACAUCAGAUGGAUGCGUCAGCAUCACCAAAAAACUAGAUAGAGAUAGGCCAUUUGGUAGCCCUUCUAGGCAAGUAUUUAUUAUUGCUUAUGACAAUGAUGGUGCCCCAAAUUCCAUGUCAAAUGCUACCGAAAUAAUUAUCGUGCUCAUAGAUAUCAACGAUAAUGCUCCAUUUUUAAAUGUCACUGAAGUAGUGUGGCCUGAAAAUAAAGAUCCGCACGAGGGGGACAAUCAAAUUACAGAAUUAAGUGCGGACGACUAUGAUGGACCUGAGAAUGGUCCACCAUUUAUUUACCAAUUGGCAGAUGAGGCUUCUGACGAUAUAAGAAAUAAAUUUACAAUUAUGGGCUUGACGCUUCACGCUUUAGUAAUGUUUGACAGAGAAGAAAAGAAAUACUAUGAUAUUCCAAUUCUCGUGACUGACAGUGGUAACCCUCCACUUUCCAAGGUUAGCAUUUUGCGAGUUGUAAUAGGAGAUGUUAAUGAUAAUCCAGCAAAAGAUGGGUCCAGUGAAAUUUUCGUCUACAAAUAUGAAAACUGGAACAAAGACAUUACAAUUGGCCGGGUCUACGUAGAAGAUCCUGAUGAUUGGGAUUUGCCAGAUAAGAUAUUUUUGCAGCUGGAUUAUUACGAUUUAUUCUUAUUAUCUAAGCACGACCCAGGAAUGAUAAUUAUGAGUAAUGGUAUAUCAGAGGGUAAAUACUUUUUACGCUUCAAUGUAACUGAAGAAAAUCUCCCCCUCAUUCCUCGUCACACCGUUUUCGCAGACGUCACAGUAACAGUUAAAGAAAUACCGCAAGAAGCUGUAGUGAAAUCAGGAUCAGUUCGCAUAGUUGGAUCAAGCAUCGAAGAAUUUGUUGAAAAAUCAUUUACUACGAAUUUGAGCAAAAAGGACGAACUUCAGCAACAUAUCGCGGAAAUCGUGAACACUUCUGUAGCUAACGUUGAUGUUUUUACUGUAAUGACGACUCCUUCAAACAGUUCAUUAAUCGAUGUUAGAUUUUCUGCACAUGGAUCACCCUAUUAUGCUCCAGAAAAGUUGAACAACAAACUUACAGAUUAUCAAGAAAAACUGGAGAUCGAACUAGACAUGACUUUUGAAAUGAUCAGCAUAAACGAAUGCCUCAACGAAAAUACAUGUGGAAUUGGAAACUCCUGCUUCAAUAAACUAAAUAUCAGCGACGAUGAACCGGCUGUAGUAUACACAAAUAGAACUUCCUUUGUUGGGGUCAAAUCAUUUGUUGAGGCCAAAUGUGACUGUAUUGACAUCAUGCCAUCUACUUGCUUGAAUGGAGGUAUAAUGGACGAAUAUACUGGUAUAUGCUCUUGCCCUGUAGGCUAUGAAGGACCCUUCUGUGAAAUAUUAUCUGUAGCGUUUUAUGGAAAUGGGUGGGCAAUGUAUCGCGGCUUUGAAGCUUGCAAUGCGACAGAAAUUAUAUUAUCAGUGGCGCCACGUACUGAUAAUGGACUUAUUUUUUAUGCUGGGCCUUUGACUUACCGACAUGCUCUACUUUCUAAAGAGUUUAUGUCCUUGGAACUGCGAGAUGGAGUGCCUGUUCUUAAAAUUGAUAAUGGUUUUCACCCAAUUGAAGUUCUAACUAAAUAUAAUAAUGGUCAAGCUAAAAGUUUAAAUGAUGGAGCCGCCCAUAAAAUUCGUAUUACAUUGGUUUACAGCAAAACGGAAACUAAUCUGGAAUUGGAAGUUGAUGACUGCAAGAGUACUUGCAUGCAAUUCGAAACCUUACCAGCACGAUUGCUUCGUAUCAAUGGUCCGCUACAAGUUGGCGGUUUGAGCAAAAAGUUUUCCGAAGAACAAUAUAAAAUGCUAUGGAAUUCCAUAGCCCCAACAGAUGUUGGUUUUCAAGGAUGCAUUAAAAACUUGACUUUUAACAAUAACUAUUACAAUUUGGGACAACCAUCAGACUUUUUAGAAGCUAUUCCCGACUGUAGCUAUGGAAUGCAGCAAGCUGUCUCAUUUGGUAUCGAUUCCAACUUUUUAGUAGCCAUUUUGGUCUGCGUUGCUGUUCUUAUAUUGCUUUUAUUGGCAGUAGUUGUCCACAGGCGUAAGCAUGACAACUUAAAUGAAAAAGACAUUGAUGAUACCACAGAAAACAUAAUUAAUUAUGAAGACGAAGGCGGUGGUGAAUGCGACGCUCACUUCAAUUUGUCAGUAUUUCCCAUGGCACCUACUAAAGAAGGUAUCCAAAGGUCAGAAAAUCCAGAAGUCAACGGAACAGAGCCCGACAUUAGUGUUUUUCUCGAUACUAAAAAGCAUUCAUGCGAUAAGGACCCGGAAAAUCUUCCAUAUGAUGACGUUAGGCAUUAUGCUUAUGAAGGAGAUGGGAACAGUACAGGUUCUCUUUCUUCGCUUGGUUCCUGCACUGAUGAUGGAGAUCUAGACUUCAAUUAUUUAUCUAGUUUUGGCAAACGGUUUAGUAAGUUAGCUGACAUGUAUGAUUACGAUGGUAGCGACGACGAUACACAAAAUGGCGGGGACGAGGCUUGGUGUUAGACUUUAAAACAACUGCCCCGAAAUAUUUUGUACUUAAUUUAACUGUGUCUGCUGACCAAAGAUUAUUUGGGUGGUACUAAGCUAAGCGGCGACAGUCGUCUUUGUACAUAUUACUUAGUUUUAUAUAUUAUACAUUAUACAUGAAUACAUAAUGACUGACAUAAAUUGCGCCUUAAAGUAUUCCAGAUUCAAAAACAUUUCCUGUGCCAAAUUAUUGAAUUUAAAAUGGGGCCAUAAUUAUUUAACAUACAUUCCGAACAUAAUAUUUACAAGACUGUCUGAUUUAUUUAAAUUACUUACAAAUUAAUUUUACCUGAUACGACAAAAGUGAUUUAAAUCGUUAAAAAGUUAAUCAAAUGUCCCAUGACAAAUAUUAUUUAUUGGUGCUAUAAGUUUCCCUAAAAGCCUAAGUGCUUACGCUGACCAACCUGCAGAGGGUUUUUAACUUAGUCCAAUAUGUAUACAGUGGCCUUUAAAAAGUUGCAAGUUGCAAUAAUUGUGUUUAAAAUAACACAAAAAUUAGAACUCUCUGUAUGGUUUUUCACGAAUACGUCGACAUUGUAACACUCUUAUAUUAUAUGUUUAUUAGAAUAUAAUAUUUUUUUUAUUUCAUAGGUUAUGUAUGUACAUAAAGUACCUAUACAUUUUUCGUGAUCAUAUAUUUUUUCGUUUUAAAAUAAAUGAGUGUUUUCAACUGUUUCUAUUUUGGUUGUGGUAGAAUUGAAAAUAUUACCUAUGUUAAAUGAAAUCAAAAUGUUUUCCAUCUCUUCCUGUUGAUUAGUAAAUUUUAUUUAAAAUAAGUAGUAUCCUAUAUAAAUAUAUGAAAAUUUAGCUAACGUUGCUUCAAAUAUUUUAAUUGGCUUUGUGUCAAUUUGGAGUACUCAAGAGGGGACAACUAGCAAUAUUCGACUUCAUGAGCUAAAAACUAAUUUUGAAAUUUUUUUAAAAAAGAAAAAGCAUACCUACUACAUACUAGUAAAAAACUCACACAUUUACCAAGCUCACUGCCACCUCUACUCGGAGUGACAAGCCCAGAGGACAUCGCGGCUGAUGCUGCCCAUUAAGACAAUUUUAUACCUUUUAACAAGCAGGUCACUGUCUCAAAAUAUUAGGUGUGUUUACACCACCUUCAAGUAUAUUAAAUAAAUUACACAAACAUAUUCUAAUUAUUCUCUUUCGAAGAGACAUUCAAUAAAAACAACUAAGAAAAAAUUUGAAAUACGUACCAUAUUGUUUGGUGCUUGGUCUACCUUUUUUCAAAAUUUCAAGAAAAAAAUUAAAAAUUGUUUCAAAAAUGAGUUGUCCUAGUUUCAGUACUAAAAUAUCAUGCGUUAAAUUGACACCAAGCCAGCCAAUCACUUCAUUAGACAAAUUUGCAGCACUAUUAAAAAUGUAUUAUUUUUAGGUUUUUGUUAGCUCUUUGAGUUUGUUUUUAUAGUUCUUGAGUGUCCUAUUAAAAAAAAAAAAAAAACAGGUAUGUUUCUCCUUUUUUUUGCCAAUAUACAAGACGCUUUAGAUUGUAGAAACUAAACAACUUUAGCAGGUACCCUGUAUAGAGGCACCCAAGAAAAACAAAAACAAAAAUGUGAUAUAUGAAAAUUAGAUUAUAUAUGCAAAUUAUUAUAUAAUAUAAAUCUAAGUCUAAAAAAAUCUAUUUUGUAUUGAAUAUUUGAGUUGCUUUUCAAAAUGUACUGUUCCAGUUAAGUAAUAAACAAUGGUUUGAACAUAAUCUAAGGUUUACAUAUUUUUUUCGGAAGCGUUCAUUCAUUCAGAACAGCAUUUAUACAUUUUGAAAAGUAGCCAUUGACAGUUUUUCCUAGUGUAAUUUAAUACUAGUGUUAUUAGGUAGCUAACCCAAACUAUUCCGCCCUUUACAAUUAGCUAAUACAACACAACCCCCAUAUGUAUUUACAUAAUAUGGUGAGAGUGGAGAAUGAUGAAGUUUAGAGCUUCUCAAUCUGAGGAAAAAGCUUCAAAAUUAUAAGCAAAAAGCUCAAAUAAUCACAACAUUAAGUCAUUAUCAAUUAAAACGCUAAUUUCAAGUGGGGGAGAACCACCUACAGUGGCCUCAUUUUUACUUUUAAAGCUACAACUUCACUAUUUUGACUAUUUUAAUGUCCGGAAAUUCAUUUCGGAUAAUUUAAUUAUUUGUCUAGAAGACUUCCUAUAUAAAUUUCGUAAAAAGAAUCCUUUAUAAAAAAAUUACCCAUUUUUAAAUGUGGCCACCCCAUAUUCCAACAAUAGCCACAGCUUUUUGGGAAAAUUAAACUAUACUUAUAGCUUCAUUGGACAGUUGGGGCGUCGUUGCCGAUUUAUAAUAAUUAUAGAUUACUGGAUUUUAUUUUAUUUUUACACUUUUUGUGUUUAAUAGCAAUUAGAAUCACUAUUGGUUUAUUGUUUAUCUCCUAUUCUCCAUUCUUGAAAUAGUAGGGCUAUCAAAAUUGGUCUUUCCUGGCCUUGAGAAAACUAAAAUAUAUUGAAAAUUAUCUAUUUACACUAGUGGCUGUGGAAAUAAGUCUUAUAAAUAAAAAGAUAUGUCAGCUAAUAAAUACUUAAAAUGACUGCUAUUUUUCUUGAACGAACAUAUUCUUCGAUUUAGUAUUAUAUCUUAUUGGUUUAUAUUUGAAUAUUUAGUAUAAACGAAAUAUACAUUUUUGUGGUGCCUUAUAAUAAAUUGAUUUAUUCCAUUCGUUCCUAGGCCUUCUAUUGAGACAACAAUAAUAUUGAAUUAGAAGAUUGUCUAUUGUUUGAUAAAGCUGCAAUAUUUUUUCUCUAUAAUCAUUUGUUUCGCCAACAAAUUAUUAUAAAUUAGUGUUUCUCAGCCAAUGUCUAAAUUAUUUGCAUGUUGGCGUAAAGUUCAAUAUAAUGCAUGCUUCAUCGUUCAAUACAAAGACUUAAUUUGUAUUGUGUGAAUGGUGGUGCCACACAGUUUAGAAUAAGCUAAAAUAUUUUUGUAUUUUUAUGCUCAAAUAAAGAUAGAAAGUAGUUACUAUUAUGAUACACAUUUUUUUAAAAAAAACAGUCUACUGUGUGCAUGAGUGAGCUUAGAUAAAUAAUACUGUGACAAAAAAACGCAUCAUCCCAUAGAAGUAAAUAUUUGUUAACCAAAUUCUGUACAUAUGCUUGGCUUAUUGAAAGUAAAAUGUAAUUUAAUAAAAAAUAUUAAAAUAAAGUAAAAUUUAAAUAAUCCUUAUUUUUUACAAUAUUAACAUAUGUAGAAAAUUUGUUAAAAAAUAUACACUUUUAGUGGGUGAUCCUUUUUUUGGCACAUAGUAUAUUAAAAUCAACAAGUAUCUACAUCUUUGUGUACUAUCUUUGUGUUUUUUUUGGCAGCUAUAAGAACAUUAUUUGAACUAUUAGAUGACACUUUUUUGAGUAUGGUAAUUUUUUUGUUUUCAAUUUAAUGCAUUCCUUUCGUAUUUAGGUUAGUUUUUCUUUGUGAGGAACUUUUAAAAUUAAUAUUAUUUUUUUUUAAAUUAUAUUUUCUUAGAUCCUUCCUGUAUUUCCAACCUUCAAAAAGUAUUAUGUUCAAUAAAUCUAGUAAUAGAAUGUCCGUACUUCUUAUAUUAUAUUUCUCACUUAUUAUUUAAUAGUAGCCUAUUAUAUUUAUAAAUUUACGUCUUUCGCAUCAAUAGUUUUAGAAAUAAUUCAAAUUUAGUUUUAAAACACUGCCAUUUGUAAUUCGUUUUUUUUUUUCAAUAAAUAUAUUUUACAGGAUAA